GAUUGAAAGGGGUGGAGCUUGGGAAAAUUGGGAGGCGGUGCCUAAGCGAAAGAGGGCAGUUUGGCCAAUGGGAGGAGCGGGCGGCUAGACGUGACGCCUCCGCCAACCAAUGAGGGAGGCGGAGCUCGUCGGCUUUGGCGAAGGGACACGUCUGAGGAGGUCGAGAGGGACGAGUGAGUGAAGGGGACAAUGGCUGUGGGGCCGAAAGAGGGGACAGAGGCUGUCUGAGCUGUGAACAGACAUCAGCAUCCCGUUGCCAGGAGCUAAGACUAAUGCUGUGUGGGUGCUCCAAGAGUCGUAGUGAACUGGACCAGGCUGAGAAUCGGUGUAUUCCUCAGCUGUCCACCCAGUUGCUAGAGACACAGCUCUUCUCUACCUCAAGUAGAAGAAUCUCAAGGUACAAUUACAUCAGACUGCCAGGUGUCUUCUGUAUUCCCUGCCUUUUAUCCAGGAGUCAAGAUGGCCCACCAUCAUGACAUGGGCCAUAAUAUGACCGGCACUGCCAUGCCCACCUCAGAUCCUCAUGCGCACCAUCAUACCACAAUGUCACCAGGACAUAUGCACGGCGAAGGGAUGGCUAUGACCUUCUACUUUGGAUACGAGAAUGUGCCUUUGCUGUUUUCUGGGAUUGUCAUCAACACGGCUGGAGAAAUGGCAGGAGCCUUUGUGGCCAUCUUCCUCCUGGCCAUGUUCUAUGAAGGCCUGAAGAUUGCCCGUGAGAGCCUUCUCCGGAAGUCGCAGGUCAGCAUCCGCUACAAUUCCAUGCCUGUCCCGGGACCAAAUGGCACCGUCUUGAUGGAGACGCACAAAACAGUUGGGCAACAGAUGCUGAGCUUCCCUCACCUCUUCCAGACAGCCCUGCACAUCAUCCAAGUGGUGGUCAGCUACUUCCUCAUGCUCAUCUUCAUGACAUACAAUGGCUACCUCUGCAUCGCUGUGGCAGCAGGUGCAGGGACGGGCUAUUUUCUGUUUAGCUGGAAGAAGGCGGUAGUGGUGGAUAUCACAGAGCAUUGCCAUUAAUACCUGGCAGUGGGGGCCAACCCUUUUCCUCCAGCCUCUGGAAAGGACCAGGCUUACUGGAAACAUGCCAACAAAAUCCAUGGGGUGCCCUCCCACCAACCUUCUGGGAACAAUACUUGUGCCUCUCUUCUCUGCCACAUCCUCCCUUCCUCCCCAGAAGAGGGGCAGUGGUGGUCUUGAGUGGUAGGAAGAGAGCUAGUAACCGGUUAGGGCAGCCUCCUUAGGACAAUUGGCUUAUAUAAUAGAAACAAUUAGUGGUUUUGAUUUUUUUUUAAAAGACUGUACCAUGAUUGAAACUAGCUGACAAGUCAAUGCAGACAAUGAUUCCAUGUUCUCUUCAUAAUGCUUUUAAACAGCCAGUGCUUGGAUUUGAUGGGGGGUGGUUAUAGAAAGGGUGUAUUGAAUCAAAGGUAGUAGACAGAUACAGAGCUGCAAGCCAACAUAAUGGCAGUAUCUCUGCUGGGUAAAAGAACAGCAGUCAAUGCAAUCUGUUCAGAGGUUUCAGCUUUGUGUUCUGUUUCCCCCCCAAAGCUGUUUUACUGGCCUGUUUCUAGCCCUAGGUACCAGCAGUCCCAGAGCGUUUGCUUUCCAGAGCAGCUAAGGGGCUGCAGACAAUCUGACAAUCUACGGUAAUGGCACGUGACUCUUAAUUGUCCGUUGUGACUUGCUGACAUAAUUGUGAGUGUGUAAAAUGUAUGCAAAUCAACAUGUUCUUAAAAAGGAAAAAGUGCGAGCCAUCUUUUAAAUAAAUUGAUGGAACAAGCUUUGGCUUCACUGUGACUUGAAGGUCAUCAGAGGCAGCAUUCAUUUCUAAGCAAUCCCUUCUACCUCAGUUAAGACUGCAGUGAUGAUGAACCUUUUAGAGGCCAAGUGCCCAAACUGCAAUCCAAAACCCACUUAUUUGUUGCAAAGUGCCAUGUCCCUCUGGCUUUCUAGUAACAAACUCUGGCAAACUCUGUGCUGGGGCGACGGCACAUGUGCGCUCUGAGUGCCACCCCUGGCAUGCGUGGCAUAGGUUCACCAUCACUGGACUAGGGUAAACAGCCUGAAGCUGUGUCUGCACCAGUGAUCCAUCUCUCAUCUCAUUCUGUGAUGGCUGUUUAUUUCUUUCCUAGCAUCGUUAAGCCUGUAUAGGCAGAAAUUGCAACCCAACCUGCUGUUUUAGAAGAUAGGCAGGAAUGCUUACAAUUAGAUCAAUUUGCAAGAUAGGCAUUCUAGUUUGCUAUUUCAGUUAGCACACCAGCUGAGGAUUAUGUUCCUUGAAAUACUUGACUAUUGCAAAAAUAUUGGUUUUCAUCUUCUGAAAAACAAUGUUCCUCCCUACCCACCUGAUCUUAAAUCUUGGAAGUGGAAAUCUUGAGGAAACACUAACCCAGAAAUGUAGACUGUAGCAGAUAUUCCUGGUAUUUUCUAGCAUAUAACUUGGUUUAAUUAAAACAGCUGAUGCAGGCUCAUCUUGAGACAGGAGGUGCCCUCACAGUAUCUACACAGGGUCAUUCGAAAUGAAAAAUCAAAAAUUGUGAAAUGCUUUGUACAUAAUAUAAUAUGAUAACUGACUGGACUUAGGAUUCAGGAGUAUGAAGCAUUUCAUAUUACUACUACUCCCAUCUCUCACCACUGACCAGGGUGGCUGGGAUUGAUGGGAAGAGAACGACAGAGGUUCCCCAGCUUUGAUUUAUCCCGUCUUUCAAAAACGACUUCUUUUUACAGUUGGGUUAGGGUAGAGAAAUAUUGAAUUUUUUUCCUUGCCAAGGGCGCCACAAAUAGUAGAGCUGUGUCAGCUAUAGCUUUCCAGCCCUUGCUGCUAAAUUGUUCUCAAUGGUGCUACUGUGCAGUGUUGCGGCUCUCAUGUGGUAUUGCACGCUUGUGUGGAAAACAUUCUUCCCACUUCAAGUGUAAGUGACAAACAUGUGCCUCUUUCCACCGGCAUCACCACCGAGCAAUGGUACAUGUCAAGGGAUGCAGGGCCCUAGUGUUGCCAUUUAGGGCAUAUCAGCUUUAAAAGGCAGGGUGGGAACCAUAUAGAAACACAAUCCACUCCAUUUUAACUUCAUGCAAAAAGCUAGUUUUGUAGCAAGGAAGGAAGUGGCAAUUUAGAGUUGGACUCUGUAUGGCAUGGCACUGUUUGCUUGAUGAUCUUCCAAGAUAAAGUGGAGAGAUCCAAGUCUUCAAGCAUGUUUCCCUAAACACAACAGGAGCUAAUGAGUGCUGUCUUUGUUAUGCGGAUGUGGGGAGAGAUUAAGCCUACAUUCCUCAGCAGGUAACUAGAAUGACAAGAUAGGAAUUAAUUGAAAUAACUGGCAAAGAAAUGUAACAAAUCCUGGGCACUUGUUUCUCCUGAAUUCAAAGGUACAUAGCAAACAAUUCACAUGGGAAGUAGAAUUCAGAAACAUAGCUGUGUUAGUCUGGAAUGUCAGCAUGCAAAGUGGUCUUGUAGCAAGAUGUCUUUGUAUGCAAUUAUUCACAUGGGUGCAACCAGGCAGGACUCCUGUCUUAAAAAAAUACAGGCAGCCUAGGCAACUAAAAUUUGUCAUGCUAAAAUUUCAGGCGCAUAUGGACAGGUGCCUUGGGAAAAGAAAGGCUGCUUGUACUUCUGGAAGGGGUGAAAAGAUGCAGGUUAGCCUAUGCAUUCUAAGCGACACAAGUUGUGACCAUCACUUAGUGGUAACUUGCGUUAUUGAAUACCACAGUAGUGUUGUGUGCCUGGGGAUGAUGGGAGUUGUAGUGCAAUACAUCUGGAGAAUAACUAAUUGAGGAAGGCUAUAUGGUACAGGUUUGGCUUGUUACCCUACUUCAGUGGUGGUGCCUUGGAGUCUAAUCAUUUUAUAUUCCAGGUUACCUAAGGGAGACGAGUUCUGCUUGCUCAAGCCAAAUUCAUAUCUAGUUCAGCAUUCUGUUUUUCUGGAGUGGCCCAUUCAAAUGUCUUCAGCAUGGUUCCGAUAAAUAAUAAGGUACGAGCGGCCAGUCAUGCUAGUAACUUUUCUGUAUUGACAUGGUUAUUGUAAAGUGACUGACGUUCAGCCAUAUGUAACCAACCUCCCGCAGGUUUGACUGUGAUUUCUAUUGUUUCUAGCAAGCAUUGGCUGUGCUAGGUAAGUGAUGCAGUCCUAACACAUUUGGCCAGGUCCAAAUUGGUCUUCAGCAUCUGGUCAGAAGGCAAGAUUUGCCCAACCUGGGGGCCUUCAAAUAUGGACUCCAACUCCUACCUCCCCCAGCCACUUCUCUGAAAGGCACCAAUUUAAGAGGCUGCUUCAGUCAGUUUCAGACCCUUGUGCCAACCAACUCCUCUGUAGUACAUUCAUAACAGUUUAGGUCAGGUCAGUGCCAUUUACUACAAAAGUAGAUGUAUCCCACAGACUACUUACCCCUAACUAAACCAGCCUUAUUCUUCUCUCAAGGUGCAACCUGAAUUUGCUGCCUCCUCUAAAUGAGUGGUUCUCAGCUUUCCAUCCUCCAGAUGCUUUGAAUUUCAGUUUCCAAAAGGCAUGACCCAUGAUUCUGGUGGACUAAAAGUUGAAAACAACUGUUCUUCUUUAUCUCUGUGUAUACAGAGUUAUAGAAAGACACCCUGGUGACGAUGCAUUUAGCAUAUUUUACUUUUCCCCAUACAUAUAAGGGAGGAGGAAAUCUGUCCUCUACCAAUCUUGUCUUAGUGUAUGACUGUGGAAGGAAGGCACUACUACCAUCUCCCAUUUAUAUCUAGCCACGCUCUUAUGAGCUUAUAUGAUUGUGUUGCUGGUGCUUUACCCCACUGUACUCAAGAAAAAGAAGGUGCCUUUACCAUGUUUCCAGACCAUAUAUCUUCUCUAGCAUAAUGCCAUGCUGGAUGUAUAUAUAUAUUAAAUCCAUAGUGGAGAUUGCCCAUCUGAUACUAUUAUGUAAGUACUGAUUAUCAGUCUGUAUGUAACUAAUAAAGCAGAAUGUAUCUUA